AUGUACUUGCUUUUACAUUCUUUUUUUUUUUUUAAGGAUUCAUUUUUUCUUUCCUUUCGUAGAUUCCUCUCCGCCUUUUCUUUUUCUUCCGGAGAUUCCUCUUCACCUCCCCCAGAGAUUCCUCAUCGCCUUUUCCUUCCCUUUCGAAGAUUCCUUUUCGCCUUUCCCUUUUUAAAUCCGUUAUUUUUCUUUUCCAAUUCAGUUUUCUUCGUUUUUUCCCUUCAUUUAAUUUUUUUGUUCAUUGUUUUUGUCUUUUCUUUCAAAUGUUUUAGGUCUCUCAUAUGUUUGUAUGUUUCCACUUCUCUUUUUAUUUUAUGUUUUAGGAAACAACAACAAUGUUCAGGUUACUUUCCUUUCUCUUCUUCGCCUUUUGCUCCAUUCUAUCUUCAUUUUGUUUCAAUUCUUCCCGCCUCCGUGUCGUUUUAUCUACUCAAUCAUUUGAGAAAUGGCUUAUGA